AUGGAUAUUGUGGGUCAAAGGGCGUUGAAGAAAAAAGUUCGUGAUAUUACCCAUCCAUUCACAUCUUCAAUGUGUCCACCGCCAGUCACAUACAAACCAAAGAGAGGAGUUAAGAAGAGUAGAAAGGGGGAAGAAAGUGAUGUGCAUCGUGAUCCAAGUCAGUGGGAAUAUGUUGAUGCUUUGGAGGGUAGUCAGACUACAAAGAGAUCAUGCACACAACCAAGUGGGAGUCAAUCUUCAACCAUGCAGAUUGGUAAGCAACCUUUUAUCAAUUAUGCAAAAUCCAAAUACUUGUCACAGUUUCCAGCCUUCUUUCAUCCAUACAUCAAUGACAUUGUUGAUGUUGAACCGGAUGGAAAUUGUGAUUUCCGUUGUAUUUCAUCUGCAUUAGGAUGGGGGGAAGAAGCAUGUUAUGAUGUUCGAAGACAACUUCAUACUCAAAUCCAGCAACAUGCAGAUUUUUUUUCCAAGUUGUUCUAUGACACUGUCUCUGAUGUUAGUAAUUCAUUACUCUUAAAACACUUGGGUUUUCAGGGUAAAGAGAAAUGGAUGUCGAUUCCUGAUAUGGGUUACCCUGUUGCUUCUAAAUACAGUGUUGUAUUUGUUUCUCUUUCCAUGAGAAUGAAUAUAACAUUUUUCCCACUUCUCAUAGCUCCACCCCCAUACACGAGUCGACAUACGAUCAUUGUUGUUGGUUUUGUCAACAGUAAUCAUUGGAUUCAGAUAAAGUUGAGACCCGAUUGUCCACUGCCGUCCGUCAUUGAUCGUUGGAGGAAUAAUUGUUCUAAUAAUGCAAAAGGAUGGGAAUCAACAUAUGCGGGUCGGUUUAGACACUGGGAAGCACUGGCAGGAAACUCAGACAUUCAGAAGAAUAUUUCUAUGGAACCAAAAACUGUUGAGAUAUUGUAA